AUGCAGAUUGGGUAUUUUAUAUGCGUGACUGGGCUCAGCAUGACUGCGCCAGCAGCCAGAUUGCUCUUGCGAGUCGGACGUUCCGUUUUGCGAAACCUGCGUCGUUCGUUUUUCAAAAGGUCAACUGGAGAGACUGGCGAGCCCGGACCAGCAUGCGGUCUGUGGAACUUCACAUGGGAAGCUCCGCGGAAGGGAGCUGGCCAUUCGCUCUCCAGAACGAAGACACUCAAACAUGCUGUGAUGAAGCACGAGCAGCGACAAGAACAUUCCUUCGCCAUUCAGGAAGCAUAUGCCGCUAUUGUGCAGGGAAAGGAGACGGAUGAUUUCAACCAAGGCAUUGGACAACAGCAGGAAUGGUGGAAACCUUACGAUGGUCGUAGGACUUUGUGCAGCCGCAAGAGCAGUGCAGGCAGCGCCAAAGGGCGAGAGUUCGGAGGGAGACUACAGGGACUUGCUUCAACACUCGUUCGUCGUGAGCUACGGUCAAAGAUCCCCAUCCCCAUCCCGGUCGCGGAUUUGCUAUCGACUACGCGAUAUCAUGAACGUCUCAUGCGUUGGACUGGUCCAGACCUGAUAUUGCCAGAUAUGAUGAUGGCAUUCCCAUACUGGCAAUGCGUAUUUGCUUGGGAUACAGCAUGCUGUCGGGAGAAGACAUGGACGCAUGCGCAAGGGCGUUGGUCGGGCUUGGCAUGCGAGCUUCAAAUGCGACUUGAUCAUGAAGGACAGCUCAAGCAUAGAAAUUCUUCAUAA